AUGCCACAUAUAGACAGUUACGAUGGAGUCAAGGAUCCUCUAGAUCACUUAGAGACCUUCAAAACCUUGAUGCACCUUCAAGGAGUUGCAGACAAGAUCAUGUGUAAGGCCUUCCUUACAACGUUGAAGGGUGCUGCGAGAAUUUGGUUCAGUCGGUUAAUGUCUGGCUCUAUCAGUACUUUCAAGGAGCUGAGCGCUCAGUUCACUUCGCACUUCAUAGGAGGACACAGAUACAAGAAGUCAACUGCAUGCCUAAUGAACAUUAAGCAACAAGAAGACGAGACGCUGAGGUCCUACAUAACUCAUUUUAACAAGGAGGCUUUCUCAAUUGACGAGGCGGACGACAAGAUACUCGUGGCAACAUUCACUAAUGGGCUACGAAAGGGUAAGUUCCUAUUUUCUCUAUAUAAGAACGAUCCAAAGACCAUGUCGGAAGUGCUUUACAGGGCUACCAAGUAUAUGAACGCGGAGGACGCACUGUUGGCCCGCGAAGAUAAGCCCAAGAAAAGAGAAAGACAAGAGGAUACACGACAGGAUAGGGGGUGCAAAAUGGCUAGGACCGGAGAUCGACAGGAUGAUAGACGCUCCAAACCCCCCACUGGGAGCUUCACCCCGUUAACUGCCCUAAUAGAUCAGGUCUUGAUGCAGAUCAAAAACGAAGGAACUCUGACGUUCCCCGGCAAGUUGAAGGGAGAUCCCAACAAGAGACCAAGGGAUAAGUAUUGUCGCUUCCAUCGAGACCACGGGCACGACACAGCUAACUGCUACAAUUUAAAACAGCAAAUAGAGGCCCUUAUAAGACAAGGGAAACUAUAG